CUUCAAGGUCACAGCAAUCGUCCAUCUGAUGUGUGGUUUACUGUGUCCAGGUAUUUGUACAUAUUUGCUUACAUCUGAAGAUUUGUUAAUUAGCUCAAUUUACCCGAUAUCUGAAUCGAUUAAUUUUAUAGCAGAAUGAAUAUUGGGGGAGUUCAAAUAUACUUCAUUAAGAUCUUUAGACGUGGCUUCGCUGUUAUUUCUAACAAGCCUUACAAAGUUUCUAUCUUUGAUUCAUGGAACACAUGUAAACAUAUUGACGGAAAUCAGCCAGAUUUUCGUAAUGUCCCAACAGUGUCCGCUAUACUAAGUAAAACAGCACCCUUGGAAAGUACAAUUGCACUCCGAAAAUGGCAGGAUAAAAAGAAAAAUGAACUUGGCGAAGAUGGGUUUCAGGAGUACAUGAGAGAACUUCAGCUUUUAGGAAAAAGUGUUCAUUCCAGUGUAGAAGCACGACUUAUAAAGGACAAAUUUCCUUCUAAUCUACCUGAAAAUGUUUCCAAAUAUUGCGAAAGUCUAAAAUAUAUCUUGGAUGAUUUAAAGUCUUCUGCAGCAGAAACUAACUGCUUCCAUCCUCAGCUUUUGUAUCGCGGGAGGUUUGAUAGUAUAGUGUUUUCAAAAGAUAUAAACGAACCUAUUUUGACUGAAUGGAAAACAGUACACGAAUCCAAAAGAAUAUUGACUAUUGAGCAGGCUUAUGAUAGUCCAUUACAAGUUGCCGCGUAUAUUGGAGCUUAUAACUUUACUCGUUAUCCUGAAUCUUUGCCUGUCAAAAAAGGAAUGCUGGUGUAUUCUUAUGGUGAUGGUUAUCCAGCUGCUCGGUUUGUUUUAAACGAAACUAACUUGUUACAUUACUGGGAGUUGUGGUGUGAACGUGUUCAAGCUUAUUAUGAUCAGACUCAUAUUGAUUAUUCAACUGAUUAUCGAUUAUUUGUGAUGAUGUCAUGUUUUCUCGCAUGAUUAUUACCUCUUUUUUAUCAUCAUUCUCCAAUUGGUUUAAUUUAUUUUGUUGUUUAUCAAUUGAAUUCAUGUGUUUAUUAUUCAUAGUUAAAACAUUUGUUAUUGUAGUCUUAUCUUGUGAACUGUUAUAAUCAUUUACUGUUAUUGGACUAGGUGAACAACAAGGCGAUGAACAUGUAGUAGAAUAAUACGAAUUAAAUGUUACAUUAUGCAUAAAAAUAUUUGGUGUAGAUGGUUCACUUUUUAUAUGUGAUAUACAUUGACUAUUAUUAUUAUUAUUAUUAUCAUUGUUAUAAGUAAUAUGUUUAUUGUUAUUGUUAUUAUUUUGGUGAUGAUAAUUAGUAUCCAUU